AUGAAGUGGAGUACUGUAAAGUAUGCCUAUGCGGUGGCUAUUUUGAACGGGUGGGCCACUUCAGCGUCCCCAUUGAUGAGCAGAGGUCGCUUCUCGUUGGCGACUUUCAAGGGCCCUAAGAAUGAUCUUGCUGCCCGUUCUAUAGGCUCAACCCCGUCUAGCGCUACAACCAACUUCUUGAACAUUACCCUCGGAGACCACCAGACAUUCCUUAUGGAGAUUGAUACCGGAUCAUCCGCCCUAUGGCUCUUUACCACGACAAAUACUCCAGCCAACGAGACGAACGGCCACCCGCUGUACAAUCCUGAUGACUCGUCCACUUAUGCCAACGCGGAUGGUUAUCACUUUGAUAUUGAAUAUGCGGACGGCACCGGAUUGUCGGGCCCCGUUGGCACGGAGGAUGUCACCAUUGGUGGCAUCACUGUCCAGAGCCAGUACAUCGGUGUGCCUGAUGACGUUCGAACCGACCCCAACGUUCUUCAGGCCGGAUGUUUGGGCAUGGCCCCCAAUCCUUUCACUAUGACCCCCGGCGACCAGAAGACAUGGCAUCAAAAUGCCGAGCCCAUGCUGGAUGAGCCCCUCUGGACGGUCGAUUUCCGCAGUGAUCGGCCGGGAUCUAUGGACUUUGGCUACAUUGAUUCUUCCAAGUACACCGGGGAAAUCUCUUAUGUCCCCUGCGACUUCUCGAGUGGAGCAUGGUCAUUCAACAUUACCCAGUGGAACGUCCCAGGUGACUCACUCAUUGGUGGUCUUUUGAACAUGAUCGCCGACACUGGCACUCCUGCUACGACCUUGCCUGUGGGUGUGACUGAUUACUACUAUUCGAACAUCGAUGGUUCGUCGAGGGACCCCUCUGAUGACACCGCAUAUAUCAUUCCAUGCGACUCGAGUCCGCCGGAUUUGACUCUCGGCUUUGAUGGAGGAUCCGUGACUAUUCCUGGAUCCCAGAUAAAUCAAGGCACCGUUGACGGUGGUUGCCGAGGCGCUCUCUACAUCACUACCUCUGGAGGAAAUCUUGGAUCGGCUAUGUUCGACUCGAACUUUGUUGUUUACAGUCAGACGAAUGCGCGUAUUGGAUUUGCUCCAAAGUCGAACUGA